CUGGAGGGAGAAGGAUGGAUGAUGGGACCGAAUCAUCGGCUCUUAUUCUGGGUACCACCCGCUUCUCGAGAAACAUUUAGAUAUAAUCCUCAGACUGCAUUAUUGAUACCCAGACUCGGAGGUGAUGUUGAGCUUGACUUGAGCUGCAUGGCACAUGGCUCACGCUGGCAGCACUGCUAC